AGCAGCCCGUCUAUGGGACACUGAGGACUUCAUCUGGCUUCCCGGAGCCGCGCACACAGGGCACACACUGGUUUAUACAACGCCCUCAUUUAUUUUAUCGCUUUGAUUUUUUUUUUUUUUUUUUUUUGAUUUGUCGCUCAAAGGAACUUUUUUGAAUCUCAUUUUCGUUCAGAAACUUUCACUUAUGGUUCGCGAAUAUGGGUUCAAGUUGUGGUUUCUCUCGGGGAAACAUCGUUGUGGUGGUGGUGCUGCUGCUGCUGGAAGGAGCAACAGGGCUGUACGUCCCUCAGAAUGAGUACAUUGAGACGGUGUACGUUGGCCAGCCAGCAGGGACGCCGGUCCUCCAGGUCCACGCCAUGCUGGACAGCAGCUCUGAGCAGCCGCAUUUCUACCUGUGCUGGAGGUCUCUCAGACAUCUAGCCUACAGCACCUGGUUCAACCUGGACAUCAACACUGGAAUACUGUCCUUGAAUAAAACCCUGGAGGAGAGCGACUUUGCCUUGAUAUAUCAAAAGUCAUGGUCUGUGAAGAAGUUGUUCCUGCAUGCCGUGGUGUUACCUAACUUCACCAAGAAGCCACAGUGCAUCAACUCCCCUCGGAUCACCCUGGACUUUGUCAAUGCUACGAUGCCUCAGUGUGCUCAGACAGAUAAAAAGGAACUAUGCUUCCCGCACAGAGACACCUCCAAACCCCACAUCAUGGAGAACAGGUUCCCCGGGGCCCUGCGGCAACUCCGACGUCUAACCAGACUCAACGUCUGCCCCAACUACACCAUCUCUUACAAUGUGGAGUCAGAUACCCCAGCACCAUUUGCUGUCAAUGAGAACACCACAGAGCUGGUGGUGACCGCUCCGUUGGACCGCGAGGAGAGUGAGUGCUACAGACUCCUGCUGGUUUGCACAGUUCGCACAGAAACGGUCAUCACCAAGGUGGAAACUUCACUGGAUGUUUUUGUCAAUGAUGAGGAUGAUAACGCACCGUACGUGAAUGGAACAGACACAGCAGAUAUUAUCAUCAGCUUCAAUCGGACAAAGGGUGGCACUUUUGGCACUUUGUUCGUCUUUGACAGGGAUUUAACCCCCAUCUAUCCCAUAAACCAGAGUCACAAUAAGUAUGUGGGGAGCUUGCUCAGUAGUGACCCAUGGAUAAAAGAAACAUUUUACGUUAAAGGCACCUUCAGUGAAAAGAAAGCUGCUCGUGGAGGAAUUCGAGAGACCGUCCACGCCUACCAGCUUGUCCUGAAGAGGAACCUGUAUGUGACUGAGAAUCGCACCCUGCAGCUGGACUACGUGGUCAAUGACACGAUGUACCCCGGUCUAGAGGGAACAGUGUUGCUGCACUUCAACGUCACCAUCUUACCGGUCCACAUCCAAUUCUCCAACAUCACACAUAUGUUCACAUUGACACGCAGAGCUUCUGUUUAUGCACAGGUUGGCAGAGUCUGUGUGGAAAACUGCCAGCAGUUUGAUGGCUUCAGUGUCACAUACCGCCUUGAGGUGCCAGAUAAGAACGUGUCUGCUGACGUGCAGUCCUGCUACGCAGCCGUGAGCAUCACCCAGGCCCCAGACGAGAUAUGGGGACUGCUCUAUGUGAACGACUCUGAGGCGCUGCGCAGGCCCGAGUGCCAGGACCUGCAGUACCUAGUUGUAGCUCAGGAGGAGCACACACAGCUGGAGGCCAGCACGCAGAUCCACAUCAUCCUAGAUGGUGAAGCAAACAAGGCCAGUCAGAAGAACCAGCAGUUCCUGUCCUGUGCAGAAAACAGACGGCGAGGCGACUGUGAGUCUGUCCGAGGCCUGGGGGCCACAACAGGGAGAUGCCAGUGGAGGCAAGGCAGUGAAAAAGGAAUAUCUGAAAAUUACUCGACCUGCUCCCCUGACCUGCGGACAUGUCCAGAUAGCUUUUGUGAUGCAGUUGAAAGCAAAGAUAUAUCAAUAUGCCCACAAGACUGUACAAAGGAAAAUGUUAUCGGAGGUCAUGAACGAGGCUUGAGGAACGGGAUCCAGGCUGGCUAUGGAACCUGCUACUGUUACUCUGAGAGCUGCUUCUGUGAGAAGGAAGAUGUUGAGGAGGCGAUAUGCGACGACAUGUGUAAGACCAUCAUUGCCACGGCUCUGCUCCUCUCCUUCAUCGUCUCGAUCCUCCUGUCCUCAUACUUCAUCCACCGGUACCACAAAAACUCACCCAAGCCCCCGAUUGCGUCUGCUGAGAUGACUUUCCGCCGGCCAGCUCAGGCUUACCCCAUCAGCUUCCCUGCUAACAACUUACGCCGGGGCUCGCAGGAAUCCAUUGAGACCGACACCUUUAAAAUACCUGAGGAUCCUAAGUGGGAGUUUCCUCGUAAAAACCUUGUACUUGGCAAGACUUUAGGAGAAGGAGAGUUUGGGAAAGUUGUCAAGGCAACAGCAUUCAGGCUGAAAGGAAAAGCUGGUUACACCACUGUGGCUGUGAAAAUGCUUAAAGAAAACGCCUCCCACAGUGAGCUGCGUGACCUCCUGUCAGAAUUCACUUUACUGAAGCAAGUCAACCAUCCGCAUGUCAUAAAGAUGUAUGGAGCAUGCAGCCAGGACGGUCCAUUGUAUCUGAUUGUGGAGUACGCCAAGUAUGGGUCACUCCGCAACUUCCUGCGCGAGAGUCGGAAAGUUGGCCCGAGCUACAUGGGCAGGGACUCCAACCGAAACUCCAGCUACCUGGAGAACCCAGACGACAGGGCGCUCACCAUGGGCGACCUGAUCUCCUUUGCAUGGCAGAUCUCCAGAGGCAUGCAAUACCUGGCGGAAAUGAAGCUUGUUCACAGGGACCUUGCAGCGCGAAAUAUCCUCGUAGCUGAAGGACGAAAGAUGAAGAUCUCAGACUUUGGCCUUUCCAGGGAUGUGUAUGAAGAGGACUCAUAUGUUAAGAGGAGCAAGGGCCGUAUACCUGUUAAAUGGAUGGCAAUAGAAUCCUUGUUUGAUCACAUUUACACAACUCAAAGUGACGUCUGGUCCUUUGGUGUGCUGUUGUGGGAGAUAGUGACUCUGGGAGGAAAUCCAUACCCAGGUAUUGCUCCUGAACGCCUCUUUAACCUGCUCAAGACUGGCUACAGGAUGGAGAGACCAGAGAACUGCUCGGAGGAAAUGUAUAACCUGAUGCUUCGAUGCUGGAAACAAGAACCAGACAAGAGGCAGACAUUCUCAGACAUCAGCAAAGAACUGGAAAAGAUGAUGGUGAAAAGUCGGGAUUACCUGGACCUGGCUGCGUCCACGCCAGCUGACGCCCUGCUGUACGACGACGCCCUCUCUGAAGAGGACACACCACUAGUGGACUGUAAUAACACCCCUCUCCCUCGAACCCUCCCCUCCACAUGGAUUGAAAACAAGCUCUAUGGUAGAAUCUCCCAUGCAUUUACUAGAUUUUAGAAACAGGACACACAACACAAGCUCUCUUUUUUGGCAAGUUGUGAUUGGCUUUUCCGUAGUCAAGUGUGUGUGACUGUGACCUAGGCAUGCCUUUUGCUGAUUAAUGCUGACAUAUCUCCCAUUUCAUCGUAAAUGAGAGGCUCAGUGAAAAAAGAUAUUGUGUCUUGACUGUUUUGUUUUAUUUGGACCUGCUUCUAAUGUACAUGAAUGAUGACCAAAAAUCCUAAAUAUUGUAAAUAUUGAAUAUACCCUUCAUUAUAAUUUAUAUGGCAUUGCUCAUACUCAUGCGUCAUCUGCAUUUUAUUUGUAGAUAGUUAAUUUGUUCACUCCAUGACAUUUCCAUUGCCAUCAUUUCAUUGGUUGUUUGCAGUGGAAGAAACAGUGUGUAACAUUUGAAACAGGUCCUCGCUCAGUCAAUCACUCACUGUGUUUUUUUAUUCCAGAUUGUCUUAAAUUUCCUGACUUUCUAAUGUAUAUUAACUAUUAAUCUAUAAUGAUUUCACAAUACUGAACAGAGAAACAGUAAGGCUUUUAAACGCAACUCUCAGGUGACAUUGACUAAAAGUAAAGAACAUAUUGGACUAGUUACUUGUUGUCUAUUGCAUUUCUGAACAGUAACAGGAAGGCAGCCAUAGGUCAAAUAUAGGGGCAUGAGCAACAUUAUAUCCUUGAUACAUUACAAAAGAACCCAAUAAAUAAUAUGACAUUUCACUUUAUGUAGCAUAUACAAAGCCAUAACUUGACACCUCUGAGAGUCAAAUCAGGACUUGUUUCAGAGACAGGCACUACAGAGUUUGAUUUGAGAGCCUUACUGUCUGCACGCUGUUUAUCUUUCACUGAGUGCAGAAAAAUGAUAUGUUCUUAUUUUUAGGCAUGUCAUACCCGAACUGGCCCGAGAAGAGCCCGGUACCGCUCAACAGACAUGAUGCCACUAAUCCAGUCUUUACAAGAUAUGCCAAUGAUAGUGUUUAUGCAAACUGGAUGGCUUUGCCUUCACCCGCAAAAGCUG